AUGACGGGUUGGCGUAAGAAUGGUCUCGAUGUGGACGACCUGUUCCGGUGCUCCCGACACGACGAGUCGCAACGUAUUGUCCGGGAGCUGGAAAGUCAGCCCCUGUUACUGGGCAUAGUGAUUGAAUAUUUUAGCAAGGUAGAAAAUCGCACGUUCGAACACGCGUGCGUGGCCGCCGGGGCCGUAUGUUUUAGUUCAGCCCUGCUCAUAUCGCUAUACCACCCUGCCAAGUUUUUAGUCAUGCAAAUGGGUAUGCGAUUACGCGUCUCCUCGUGUACUCUCGUUUAUAAAAAGUCGCUUAGACUGAGCCGGGCAUCACUGUGCAAGACCACAGUGGGACAGAUUGUGAACCUAAUGUCUAAUGAUGUCAACCGUUUUGAUGCGUUUACAGCUUAUGUCUGCAAUUUAUUGGUAGCGCCCGUACAGACAGUGAUCGCCAUAUAUAUCAUAUAUACAGAGAUCAGUUACCAUUGCUUCAUAGGUGUGGCCCUAUUGCUGCUGUUCGUACCGUUUCAGGCAUUUAUGGGCAAACUUUUCUCCAAAGUCAGGCAACUGACCGCUCCGUUAACGGACAGUCGACUGCGGCUCAUGAAUGAGAUUAUAUCGGGGAUGCGAGUCAUCAAAAUG